AUGUCUGAGGGACUAGAACGUAGUAUUGUAAGUGAGAAAUCGGACAGUCAACCUGUUUCGAGUUCAAAGGCCUCAAAUAAUGCUAGUGACGCAAGACAUAAUAAAGCGCCACCAUCAAAGAGAAACUCUGUGAGUAGUGGCUCUAAGGACAAGUUUGAUAAAGAUGGUGUAUGGUCCGCUAUCGACACUCUUGAUGAUGUAAGAAAGAUGGCAGCUGAAAAUAGAGGUAAAGAUGUAUUCCCAGCUGGGUUUGAAAAAGAUUUGGAUGUCUCAAGAGAGACUAAUGCCGCAUUACUACAUGUAAUCCGGAAUAGAGCUGAACGUAUAGCUAAGGAUAUUAGAACUAGUCGUGAAGGUUAUAAACAGGAUUCAAAGAAAGAAGAAGAACCUGUGAGGCGUAAAAAACGUACUAAGAACAAAGAUAAAGAUUUACUUUCAAGAUCUCUAUCUAAAUUGAAUCUUGUUAACAACGAUAAGAAAUCUAUACCUGAAAGUGAAGAGUAUUUAUCUGUUAACCUCAGCAAACAUAAUAUCUUCACCAAUAAUAGCAGUUGUACUGACGAUAGUGAUGUAGAUGGCCAAACUUACAGUGACAUUAGUGACGAUAUGGACAUAAAAACAGGUCACUCAACUGCUAAACAACCUCUGUAUAUUAGUGAUUAUACAGAUUAUCAAGCAAAUAUCCAGAAGAUCGCGCAAGACGAAGAGAAAUAUGUUUCAACCCUAAUCAACACAGUUAGGGCCUCUUCAGGCCGUGGACAGUGA